AUGGGGAAAACUAGCAGUAGUGAAACGAUAAGACUACGAGAGGCCAAAAAGAGAAAGGAAGAUAAGGUGCGAGAUCAGCGCGCAAAAUAUUAUCAGGAAAACAGGGAAAGAAUCAACCGCGAGCGUCGUGAAAAGCGACAGAAAGCCAAGCAGUUAAAUGUUGCCAAACAAAGCGUUGUCGAUGAUGAUAAUGAUACAAGCGCGGUCGAUAACAGUGCCACAAAAAAGUAUGACUGGGCGUUAUAUAAACGGCGACAACGAGCAAGAGCCAAAGAAGAAAUUGAGCGAAAGAAGGAUAAGCCAAUAACCAACAAGUGCAAAUGCAGUAGUGUAGUGUCUCGUCACACAACUUUUCCAACAAGAAUGGCUAAAAAGCGGCACGUCGAUUUAGUGAGAUCACAUCUUCCAAAAAGUCCAACGAAGAAAGCUGCAGUCGUAGCUGCACUUAUCGAAAGCCCAACGACGAGGAAAUCUCUCGAGAAAAAGGGUCUUAUUAAUACAACAGAAAAAAGUGAAGAAGCUGAAAUUGCUGUUUCUGCUAUGCGCGACGCAAGAGAUGCCAUUAGUGUCACAAAAGGUCAACGGUGUAACGACUCUCGUGCAGCUACUCAGACAGCCCUUGGCUUUCUCUGUGGUGAUACAAUUAAGUCGAAUCGCAUGAAGACGAAAGUAUCCCGAAUGCUCAACAUAAAUAGAAAACGCGUCGGUAAAGCAUAUAACCAUCGCAGCAAAGUUCUGAAAAGCGAGAAAUCUUGUUGGACGUAUACGGAAAGACGAAGUAGGUCUGAUGCCUUCCCUACAGAACAUCGGAAGCUUGCGCAUGACUUUUGGGCUUGCCCUGACAUUUCCCGGACAACCCCAAAUAAAAAGGACAUUGUAAGAAAGAGACUAGCUCCCAAGACAUACGUAACCCACCCGAGACAAAUACUGGAAAAAACGCAAACUGAAGCAUUCCUCGAAUUUAAGGAAAAAUACCCAGAUAUAAAAAUGGGACAGCAUUCUUUUGAAAGCUGUAAACCCUUCUAUGUUUCCACACCACGGUCUCAAGAUAGAGUUUCUUGUUGUUGUCGAAUACACGUAGAAACUAGGAUGGUGUUUCAAUCAUGUAUGGAAUUUAGACGACAACUUCCCCACCGUCUUGAACAAUACAUCGUGUACAAACAUUUAACUGAUUUGGUCAACGAUACAUUGUGUCCAAAACCAGAAGAAGAAAAAUAUCAUCAUCCAGACUGCCUUCAACGAGUGUGCAAGAAUUGUGGAACAGCGAGUUUUAAAGUAUUGGACGAAGAGAAGGUGAGUAAUGAAGCUGCAGCAUUAGUAAAAUGGCGAAAGUUCGAGUAUGUCGUCAUUGGUGUCAACGAUGACAACUCGGAUAAAAAGAAGCUUAAGUUGGUUGAUAAAUUGACCUCCCCAGGUGAAAUGUUUUCUUGCCUACAGAAUCUCUUGCAGACAUAUCCUUCGCAUCAGUUCCGAGCUAAUUGGCAAAACCAACAGCUUCGAGAGCUAGUUGAGAAUCUACCAGCUGGCCAUGCCGUGGCAAUUCACGAUUACUCAGAGAAUUACUCUUGUGCUAUGCAGGAUCAGAUCCAAUCUCUGUACUUCUCCCAAAUCCAAGCAUCGAUUCAUGUUACGAUUCUCCACCGCCAUGCUCUGACGAAUGUAGACGGAAUCGAAAGCACGGCAGAAGACCCAUCCAUUGUCACAGAACACAUUUUUGUAAUUUCUCCUGAUUGUAAGCAUGACCACCACUCAGUGCACAGCGCUCGAAAACUCAUGGAUGGUUAUCUCAAUGAAAUAGGUAUGAUAUCAAUUUAAUCGUUUUAGCCAGUAACAUCGAACAAAAUAAAUAUUUUAAAAUUGCACGUUUAUUUCUUCGUUUCAUGCAAAUAGGCCUAUAUAUAGAGUGUAUAGUGAUAAUCGAAAUUUAAAAAAGUAAAUACAAUUUUAGAAUGUUAACUUUCUUCGGUGUUACUAUUGCCAGUAUUGGCUGUACUAUAUUGCUUUGUUUUUUACAUAAAAGUAAUUGGUUCCCCUACAUUUUGAGAAAAACUUGGCCUGAAAAGUUUUUAAAGACUAAAACGUACGCGUAGAGAAUUUAUAGCAGUGACAAAUCUAAAAUCAUGUUCAAAAUAUUAUAUUAAGACAUGCAGGCACGGUCAAGCACGGUCUUAUAGCCAUAGGCACGGUCUAUAGUACAGCUAUAUACUACAGUCUAUACAGCCGAUUAUACAGGCACGGUUAGGCACGGUCUAUAGUACUAUAUCUAUGCAGCCGUGUAUACGAGUUAUAAACCAUAUAAAGCGUGUUCAAAAUAUUACAUUAAGCCAUUCAGGCACGGUUACGCACGGUUUAUAGUGCUAUAGUCUAUAUCAUACAGCCGUGUAUGUGAGUUAUAAACCAUUAAUCGUGUUCAAUAUAUUACAUUAAGCCAUUCAGGCACGGUUGAGCACGGUUAGGCACAGUCUAUAGUACUAUAGUCUAUAUCAUACAGCCGUGUAUAUGAGUUAUAAACCUAAGUCGUGUUCAAAAUAUUACAUUUAAGCCAUUCAUGCAAGGUUGAGUAUAGGUUAUUUUGAGGCAACGAGGGGAUAUGUGAUUUAUUCACCGAGGCGCGCAGCGCCGAGGUGAAUAAACACAUAUCCCCGAGGUGCCUCAAAAUAACGUACUUAUUUUUCACACUGCGAGGUCGCGUUAAUGAGUCAGAAAAGAAAUAAUUCUCAAUGCCAUAUUGCCUUUGCGAUGUUGUUUUUUUCUCAUUUUUUGUGCUGCAAAGACAUUGCAGGUGAAUAUUAGAGGGGAUUAUUAAUUGCAGGUGAAUAUUAGAGGGGAUUAUUAAACGGAAAUUGAUUAGAGUGGAAUAUUGAAUAUAUUCCCCGACAAGAACAAAGGAAACCGAGCAGGGUGAAAAAUAAGUAUAGGUUAUUUUGAGGCAACGAGGGGAUAUGUGAUUUAUUCACCGAGGCGCGUAGCGCCGAGGUGAAUAAACACAUAUCCCCGAGGUGCCUCAAAAUAACGUACUUAUUUUUCACACUGCGAGGUCGCUUAACGAGUCAGAAAAGAAAUAAUUCUUAAUGCCAUAUUGCCUUUGUUAUGUUGUUUUUUUCUCAUUUUUUGUGCUGCAAAGACAUUGCAGGUGAAUAUUAGACGGGAUUAUUAAUUGCAGGUGAAUAUUAGAGGGGAUUAUUAAACGGAAAUUGAUUAGAGGUGAAUAUUGAAUAUAUUCCCCGAUAAGAACAAAGGAAACCGAGCAGGGUGAAAAAUAAGCACGGUUAUAUAGGCACGGUUUAUAUAGCCGGUCUAUGAGCUAUUUUGUAUAUGAUCUAUGUAGUAUAUUGAGUUGUUUCUAUGCGAUAUAUGAGUUGUUUUAUACGUAGUUUUUUGCGCUCCAGCUGGUUUAAAAUAUUAAAUAUGAACCGUGAGUAAGCCCGGCACGGUUGAGCAAGGUUAUAGGCUACACAUUUCAGAAAUUUCACCAGAAAUCGCACAAAAAACACACCAGAAAUUUCACAAAAUUAAAAAACCCAGAUUCUUCAUUGAAAUUUUAGUGACAUGGGCAACUUUAACAGUAUAUCAAUCAUAUAAGCUUACUGAGAAAAUCAUCCAUGAUUUAAAUAUAGGUUACGACGUGAAAACUAUGCAUGAAUGGACAGAUGGAUGCUCGACACAGUACAAAAGCCAUCACUGUAUGGGCGACGUGGCCCAAUCAUCUUUAGAUUUUGGUUAUGUCACUAUCCGUAACUACUUCGAAACUUCGCAUGCAAAAGGACCUCAAGAUGGUGCCGGGGCUAAUCUUAAACACAAAGCUGACAUGGCUGUCAUCAAACGGCAGGUAAAUAUAAACUGAUAUAAAUCCAAUCAUGAAUUUAGGAAAAGGUGCCAAACUGAAGCUUGCAGCUAAUAAGGGAGAAAUUGAUGUGCAACACACAAUAAAGUUAAUUACUGAAAUAAAUGACUGAAAUAACUACUCCAUGUAAUUUUUGUCCUUUCGUUCACAUUUAGGUCGUCAUUCGAAAUGCGAAAGAGCUGUAUGAGUUCGCUGAGAGUACAAUGAAAGAUCCAGCACCCUCACGAUAUCAGUCCGAGAGCGUUAAAGUGAAACGGCGUAAAUUUUUCUAUGACGAUGAUAUACUCCGCAAUCGAAGAGAUCGGUAUUUUAAAGAAGUGAAAGGGAAUAGAUCAAUCCAUGCAGUUAUGUCAACGGACGGUGGUUGCAGUUUAAGUUCGAGGCGCCUAUCCUGUUACUGUGACGCAUGUUUAGAUGGGCUCUACGAUGCUUGUGAAAAUUCUGCGUAUGUUGAUGAUUGGGAGGAGCAAGAUCUGGAACGAGAAGGCGGCCAUCAACCCACUGUUGUUACCAGAGGGGACAUUUCUGCGACGCUAGAAGCAAUAAAGCACCUAGCAACGAAAGAUGCAAUUGUUGCCAUUGCUUCUGCUGACAGAGGAAUUGACUAUUAUCUGCUUCAAGUAACCGGUGACGGGCCAGAGACGCUAUUGACAGAGGAAACAGAUGAUUGGGGAGCUACAUACCCACCCGGUGCAGAGAUCAUUCGCGGAUGUUUCCUUACCAGAGCGAACGCUGUGAGUCCUUCGAGUCGUAAUUCUCAUUACGAGCUAGUGAGAGAGAAAAAAGCGACCGUUUAUGCUGCAACAGUCAGGUAUAUAUGCCCGGAAUUGAGCGUAUCCGAAGCCCAACCAACGGUAUACGAAAUUCCCGAAGAAUUGCACAUGGAUAUACUGGACUCCUUGCAUGGAUUUUAA